AUGUUCUCAAUAUCAACUACACCGGCGAUACAGUCUGUCAGCGAGACCAUAGCUGUUCUAAGUGGCCGCUUAGCCUCGUCGACGCUUCUCGAGCACCGCCGUGCAUCUAUUCUGGGCUUGAGGAGUUUCGCUAAAGACUAUCCUGCUUCGGUUGCCUCAGAAGCAUUAAGAGGGCUCAUUGGGAGCUUGAGCAAGGAUGGCGAGGACAUCGAUACGGUGAAAAUAGUCCUCGAGACACUCUUGAUGCUAUUCAGUCCUAACAAGGGCAGCCCUGAAGCAUCAGAUGAAAUCGCACUUUGGCUAGCUGAUGAGUUCACGCAGCGACUGGAGAACAUCACAUUGCUUCUUGACUUCUUAGAUUCCGGCGACUUCUACGGGCGCUUGUAUUCUCUCCAAUUGCUUUCUGCCAUCUUGUCCGCUCGGCCUGAGAGAACGGAGGAGUGUAUUUUCACUGCCCCGCUCGGUAUCUCGCGGCUAGUAUCCAUUCUGGAUGAUCAGAGAGAAGCUAUUCGCAACGAAGCUGUUUCACUAUUAACCUACCUCACCCUGACGUCUGUGGAUAUCCAAAAGCUCGUAGCUUUCGAGAAUGCUUUCGAGAGAAUUCUUAAGAUUGUUGACGCUGAGGGCUCUCUCUCUGAAGGCGGUCGAGCUGUAGAAGAUUGUUUAAUCUUACUGGCCAACCUUUUACGGCGUAACCCAACAAACCAAUCUUUGUUCCGGGAAUCUGGUUAUAUUAAACGUCUGUCAGAGCUCCUGACAAGCUUGCUUCAGUUUCAGAGUCAAGAAACAGACAUCGCCGAAUGGGCUCUCGCCCAGAGAAAUCGCAUCCUGUAUGCAUUCUUAUCUGUCCUCCGGCUUUUUAUUACCCCUGGAUCUGCGGCUACCCCUCAAAACCAAGUGGCAUUCUGGAAACAUGGCCUUGGAUUCAAUGUUCUCCAAUUGGCAUUCAGCCAAGAAGCCCAUUCUCAGAUCAAGGCCGAGGCACUUUUGACCAGUGGCAACAUGAUUGAGAAAAAUUCCGAACUCCAAGAGUCAUUCGCGUCUCUCAUGGUCCCCUCUCCGCUUAAAGAUGCGAAGCCAGCUGAAGAUUCUCAGGGGCCAGAGAAGGUCUAUGUAAUUGAUGGCCUACUUGACCUUACACUUGGCUUACAAGAUCCGAGCGCAUUUGAUGUUCGGUUCUCCGCAUGCGAGUGCCUGAAGGCGUACUUCUCAGAUCAUUCCGAGGUCAAAGCGCACUUCUUAGGAAGGGCCAUGAUGGGCUAUCAAUCCGAUGAGGAUGAGUCCACGAAUGUCCUGACGAUGCUACUAAACCCAACUGCUGCAGUGAAUGCAAGCGAUCCAUAUAGACUGUGGUUUGCCGCCGUAAUCGUUUUCCACCUUUUGUACAAUAACCCAACAACAAAAGCGAAGGCCCUUGAGCUAACCGAAGGCGACCACUCUACUGGUGAAGAGGUUGUCACAAGCAUUCAGACAAUGGCCGCCCAUCUCAUAACGGGUCUCCGACGGGACGAUGACACAAGAAUUUUGGUGGGAUAUUUGAUGAUUCUCCUGGGCUGGCUCUAUGAAGACAUGGACGCUGUGAAUGAUUUCCUAACCGAAGGCAGUAAUGUUCAGGGCCUGAUCCAGGCCGUUCUACAACCCAAUACCCCUGGUGGUGAGCUGGUGCAAGGCUUGUGUGCUAUGCUUCUUGGUGUCGCUUACGAGUUUUCAACCAAAGACUCCCCCAUCCCAAGGGCAACGCUGCACUCCAUAUUAUUGUCCAGGCUUGAAAGAGAUCGAUACUUGGAUCGAUUAGGGAACCUCCGGAGCCAUCCGAUCAUACGAGAGUUCGAUGUCACGCCUCAAAAGCUUGACGCUACAGCGUCAGGGCUACCUGAGGUAUUCUUCGAUGCCGUUUUUAUUGAUUUCUUCAAGGACAAUUAUAGCCGCAUCGCCCGUGCUCUUGACAGGGAUCCUAGCAUGGAAAUUUCCGUAGUCUCCAACGGGGUCCAGAAAGGAAUUUCCCGAGAAUUAGUCGAUUCAUUGAGGAACCAAGUUGAAGAGAAGGACCGUACCUUGGAAGACUUGAAGGCUUCCCUGGCUUCUCUGGAAGAGAAACUGAACCAAGAGAGAGCUGAGCAUCGCCGGACGAAGGAUAAUACCGGCGCUGAGUUCAACAAGGCCAAGAAUGCAUCUGAAACUCAACAGAGAGUUCACGAGGCAGAGUUACGAAAGCUCCAGAGCCAGGUUGCGGCAAAGGAGGCAGAAAAUGAGAGACAAAGUGUCAACUGGAAGAAACAGCUCGCGAUCAAGGAGGCAGAUGUCGAGAGGCUAAACGCCAACUGGAAAAAGCAGAUUGCAGCCAAAGAAGCCGAUUUACAGAAACAGCUUAGCCAGGCUCGCAAAGCCGCCGAAGCCGAGACAGAGAAAAUAUCAGCAAGGUGGAAGCAACAGUUGAGUGCAGUCGAAUCGGAUUAUCAGAACAAGCUCAGCCAAGCUCUCAAAGCCGCUGAGACAGCUGAGGCUGAAACUGGAAAACAAACGGCAGAAUUGAGGCAACAAAUAAAGUCUAUCGAAUCCGACCACCAGAAGCAGCUCGCUCAAGCACGGAAGGUAGCAGAGACGGAAGUCGAGCGAGUUCAUCGCCGAAGCGAAGCCGAGUCUGCUGAUCUGAAAGCAACCAUUAGUCGGCUCGAGGCGAACAAAAGCAAAACACACGAGAUGCAAGCCCUCCGCGAGGAAAGCGCGGCAAAGAUAAAGGAGCACACAACGCGUUCGGUGGAGGCUGAAAAGAAAUACAAGGGCCUAGAACAAGAGCUCAAGAAAUCACAAACUGUAGUCGAGAAGCUAGAAUCCCAGCUCAAAGAGGCCAAAACCCAGACGACUGAAGCAAACAAUGCCAAAGACGCGACACAAUCAGAGCUAGAUGAUCUACUGAUGGUCUUCGGAGACCUGGAAGACAAGGUUAACAAGUACAAGGCACGGCUCCAAGAACUAGGGGAGACGGUAUCAGAUGCUGAUGACGAUGAUGAUGAUGAAGACGAUGAAGAAGAGGACGAGGACGAGGACGAGGAUGACGAGGAUGCAAGUAAAAGCAACAGCAAGAAGGCCUAG